CGCACCGGCCCCGCGAACCGCAUCGUCUUCGUUAACAACGUGACCGCUACCGGUCCAACAGUCGACCGCCCGAAACCACGAUGGUACCACGCGUUCGCCCGACUUCCGGUCCGGUCGUAGCCGUCGUUCUGCUGCUGUCGUCCCUGACGGCCGUCACCGCCGCGUCCGCGCGCCCUAACCGGUGCCGGCUCGUUGAAUCGCUCAAGGCGGAGAUCGCUAGCUACCGGCCCGUGGUCGACUCCGUGCUCUCGUACGUCCGCGACGCGGCCGGCUACAAGGGCAGGACGUGGACCGAGCUGGCCAACUUCACCGACGCGUUCGGCUACCGUCUGGCCGGCACCAAAAACCUCGAGGCGUCCGUCGACUACGUGCUGGAAAAACUCCGAGCCGAACACCUGGAGAACGUGCACACCGAACGGGUACAGUUCACGGGAUGGCGGAGAGGUAAAGAGUCCGCUACUCUGAUCAAACCAAGAGUUAAGAAUUUGGCUAUGUUGGGGCUGGGCAGUAGUGUUGGCACGGAUUUGGAAGGUCUCAGGGCUGGAGUGGUCGUGGUCAAUUCAUUUGAAGAUCUCAUCAAUAAAUCGUCACAGGUCAGUGGAAAAAUAGUCGUAUACAACCAGCCGUACGUGUCGUACUCGAAAACAGUCGUCUACCGAUCCUCAGGAGCCAGCGAGGCAUCCAAGUACGGCGCCGUGGCCGCGUUGAUCCGGUCCAUCACUCCGUUCUCGUUGAACACGCCACACACCGGUCACCAAACAUAUGCCGAUGGCGUGAAGAAGAUACCCACGGCUUGCAUCACCGUCGAGGAUGCUGAGCUGCUGAACAGGAUGUACAACCGAGGCAAUGAGUUAGAAAUCAUUUUAAAAAUGAAUCCGAAGUUCUUUCCAAAUGUGACGUCUAGAAACACGAUUGCUGAAAUCAAAGGCAAAACUGAUCCCGACCGUGUAGUGAUGGUAUCGGGUCAUCUGGAUAGUUGGGAUGUGGGCCAAGGUGCAAUGGAUGAUGGUGGUGGUGCGUUUAUCAGCUGGAACAGUCUGGUCGUAUUGAAAAACCUCGGGCUCCGUCCCAAAAGAACUAUAAGAUGUUUACUGUGGACCGCCGAAGAAGAAGGACUAAUAGGGGCGUUCGCAUACUUAAAUAACCAUAAAUCAGAACUCGAAAAGUUUAAUUUGGUUAUUGAAUCAGACGAAGGGACAUUUCAGCCAUACGGAAUACAAUUUCAUGGUUCUGAAACAGCAGCUUGCAUUAUAACGGAAGUAGCCAAAUUAUUCGAUUCCAUCAACGCGACCACUACGUCGUUUAGUAAAACAAAUGUCGGUUCGGACAUUGAAGUAUUUCAAAAUUUAAAUGUACCCGGUGCGGCUUUGUUGAACAGGAAUGAAAAAUAUUUUUGGUACCAUCAUACCGAAGCCGACACGAUGACUGUUGAGGAUCCGGAUUCAUUAGAUUUAAAUACUGCUAUGUUCGCGAUUGUAUCAUAUAUCAUUGCCGAUUUAUCUGUUGAACUUCCUAGAGCUUAAUAAACCAAAUAAAAUAUUUUUAGUGA